CUUUUGGACAAGUCACUGGAUAAAUAUGGAUGGAUAUGGAGCUUUUGCAAUGAUUACUGGAUAUAUAUACGGAGGUGUCAUCAUUCAAGACUCCAGAGUAUCGAAAACUUCUUCAGCGACAACUAGGAGACCAGCAUGUCGCUUAGCCGCAGUCGCACCCUCUGUCGCUACUAUGUGCAGGGGAUCUGUCGGUUCGGGGAGCUCUGCCGCUUCUCCCACAAUGUGCACGCCAGUCCAGCGGAGGUGGAGGGGCAGGUGGCCACCACCAGCGACUACAGUCGGCAGAGGAUCUGGGCGAAUGCACCCGUGUUCGUGCCCAGUACCCGGAAGGCCAAUCCUGCCGAGGCUGAAGCCCCCCAGGAGUUCUGUCCGCGGGAGGGCAAGUGCAUCCUGGGCCAUCGGUGCCCCCAUCGCGUCCACCUGGAGCUGUGCGACAUGUGCCACCUGUACUGCCUGCAUCCGGGCGAUCUGGAGCAGCGGCGGGAGCACAGCCGCGAGUGCCUGGAGCAGCACGAGCAGGCCAUGGAGCUGUCCUUUGCGAUAGCCCGCUCCAAGGACAAGAUGUGCGGCAUCUGCUUCGACACGGUGCUGGAGAAGCAGGGCCGGAGGGAGCGGCGCUUCGGCAUCCUGUCCAAGUGCAACCACACCUUCUGCCUGGACUGCAUCCGGCGGUGGCGCCAGGCCAAGCAGUUCGAGCACACGGUGACCAGGGCCUGUCCGGAGUGCCGCGUUGCCUCGGAUUUCGUGUGUCCCAGCGCCUUCUGGGUGGACACCAAGGAGGAGAAGGACAAGCUGCUCCUCGACUAUCGCACCGCGCUGGGCUCGAAGAACUGCAAGUACUUCAAGCUGGGCGGGGGCAGGUGUCCCUUCGGCAACAAGUGCUUCUACAGACACGCCCUAGCCGAUGGCACCGUCAUCGAUGUGGGACUGCCCCGGCGGUACCGGAAGCCACACCGCCAUUCCAGACGGGACCGGCAUCAGGAUCAGGAUCAGGAUCAGGAUCAGGACGAUCUCAUGGACUUCCUCGACUAUUAUCCCUGGCGGAUGGAAGAUCGACUGGACCAGUACUGGCUCGACCUGUACUCAAGUGAUUUCAGCGACUUUUCCGAUGGCUCGGGGGAGGAUAACUAACUAAGCCAGGUCGUGCCUCAUGGGGAUGACCCGAGCACACACAUUUGGACUCUGUGUCCCAGAACGAAGCCAGUAGCACGAUGAUGCAUCUUAAGCCAUUGCCAAAAUUACACUACAAACUUACUUGAACACUAAAUUUUGGUUGACAUCAUUAUCCCAUUAAUGUUACAAAUUUUCCGUCAUUGCCUUAAAUUAAUUAACAUUUGAAAAACAAAUUUAAACACCGAUAAACAGUUUAUGAGUUACACUUCAAAUGUAAGUAAAAUAAAAAAAAUACAG